GGGGCUUCAGGGACGGGCGAGGCCGGGCGCAGGAGCAGGCUGCGGCACCGGCUCGGGUCGCGCGAAUCCCCCGCGGACCCCGCGCCCCUCCUCCUCUCCUCGGGGCGCCCCCCGGGGAGUCCCGCCCCCUCGCCGCGGCCCCGCCCCUGCCGCGAGGCCCCGCCUCCCGCGGUUGGCGCUGGCGGGGUCCCCGGGACCGGGCCGCCAGGGGUGCCCCGCGGGGCUGUAGUGUCCCCCGGCGCCGGCGUCUGCCUCAGGCCGUGCCGCAGGGGACCGGGCCGCGGCGCCAUGGCCUCCGAGUCGGUGAAAGUAGUGGUGCGCUGCCGCCCCAUGAACCAGCGGGAGCGGGAGCUGAACUGCCAGACGGUGGUGACAGCGGACUGCGCGCGCGGCCAGUGCUUCAUCCAGAACCCGGGCGCCGCCGACGAGCCUCCCAAGCAGUUCACCUUCGACGGCGCCUACUACAUGGACCACUUCACCGAGCAGAUCUACAACGAGAUCGCCUACCCGCUGGUGGAGGGUGUCACCGAGGGCUACAAUGGCACCAUCUUUGCCUACGGCCAGACGGGCAGCGGGAAGUCCUUCACCAUGCAGGGCCUGCCGGAGCCCCCCACCCAGAGAGGCAUCAUCCCCAGGGCCUUCGAGCACAUUUUUGAGAGUGUCCAGUGUGCAGAGAAUACCAAGUUCCUGGUCCGGGCCUCCUACCUGGAGAUCUACAACGAAGACGUCCGUGACCUGCUGGGGGCUGACACCAAACAGAAGCUGGAGCUGAAGGAGCACCCGGAGAAGGGGGUGUAUGUGAAGGGGCUGUCGAUGCACACGGUGCAAAGCGUGGCCCAGUGCGAGCGCAUCAUGGAGAUGGGCUGGAAGAACCGCUCCGUCGGCUACACCCUGAUGAACAAAGACUCGUCACGCUCCCACUCCAUCUUCACCAUCAGCAUCGAGAUCUAUGCUGUGGAUGAGCGGGGCAAGGACCACCUUCGAGCAGGCAAGCUGAACCUAGUGGACCUGGCAGGCAGCGAGCGGCAGUCCAAGACGGGUGUCACGGGGGAGCGGCUCAAGGAGGCCACCAAGAUCAACCUGUCGCUGUCAGCACUGGGCAACGUCAUCUCGGCCCUGGUGGACGGGCGCUGCAAGCACAUCCCCUACCGGGACUCAAAGCUGACACGACUGCUGCAGGACUCCCUUGGUGGCAACACCAAGACGCUAAUGGUGGCUUGCCUGUCACCGGCUGACAACAACUACGACGAGACUCUCAGCACGUUGCGCUAUGCCAACCGUGCCAAGAACAUCAAGAACAAGCCUCACAUCAACGAGGACCCCAAAGACGCCCUUCUGCGUGAGUACCAGGAGGAGAUCAAGAGGCUCAAGGCCAUUCUGGCCCAGCAGAUGAGCCCUGACAACCUGUCAGCCCUGCUGUCCAACCAGGUAUCCCUCAACGCGGUCCAGGUGGAGAAGCCAUUGCUCCCACCCGUGAUCCAGCAUGACACAGAGGCCGAGAAGCAGCUGAUCCGGGAGGAGUAUGAGGAGCGCCUGGCCAGGCUGAAGGCCGACUACGAGGCAGAGCAGGAGUCUCGGGCCCGGCUGGAGGAGGAUAUCACUGCCAUGCGCAACUCUUACAAUGUCCAACUGUCCACGCUGGAGGAGAACCUGCGGAAGGAGACAGAGGCUGUCCUGAAGCCAGAGGUCCUCUACAAGGCUGAGGUCAUGUCCAGGGCUGAGUUCGCCAACAGGUCUGAGUACUUCCCUGCUUUCCAGUAUGAGGAGGCCUUCAAACCCGAGAUCUAUUCCAUGCCCGAUACUCUGCCCAGCACUGAUACCUCCAAGACUGAGAUUUUGUCCAGGUAUGAUGAGCCACUCAAGGUGGGGACCUCCAAGUCUGAGAUUUCUCUCGGGUCUGAUGAGUUGUUCAAGUUGGAAGAAACGUCCAUGUCCGAGACCUUUCCUGGGCCUGAUGAGCCCUCCAACCUGGAGUUCGCUGUGUCCGAGAUGGAGUCUAAAAGCAAAUACUUCUCUGAUGAGUAUCUCAGCCUGGAGGCCACCAAGCCCCUGCAGGAGGAAGCCCCCUACCUCGGGGAAGAGGAGCCUGAACUUGCACCCCUGGAGCUGUUACCAGUCCUGCAGGACCCAUUUGCUGAGCUGGAAGCCAAGCUCGCCAGGCUCUCCUCCACUGUGGCCAGGGCAGAUGUACCCGAGGUGGACACGCCCAAGGUCUCCACGCAGCACCCCUCUCUGACGGAUCUGCUGCAGCCCGGUGGCCCCAGACCCAAAGCUGAGACAGCCGACGACCUGCUGCCCGUGAGUGAGGUUGAUCUGGUCCUGGAAGCGGCCGAGGAGGUGGUGCUGGCAGCAGAGUCCGGUGUGGAGGCCGAAGCCGAGGCCCAGGAGGCCUUGGUGGCUCAGCCACCGCUUCCGCAGGCCCUGGGAAGCACGAGAAGGGAGAGCGUGGGCGUGGAGGUGGCGGUGCUGACCGACGACCUACUGCCCAUCGUGGACCAGCAGCAGGUGCUGGCCCGUUUGCAGCUGUUGGAGCAGCAGGUGGUCGGCGGGGAGCAGGCCAAGAACAAGGACCUGAAGGAAAAGCACAAGCGGCGGAAGCGGUACGCGGACGAGCGCAAAAAGCAGCUGGUGGCGGCCCUGCAGAACUCCGAUGAGGACGGCGGGGAGUGGGUGCUGCUUAACGUCUACGACUCCAUCCAGGAGGAAGUGAGGGCCAAAAGCAAGCUGCUGGAGAAGAUGCAAAGGAAGCUUCGGGCAGCAGAGGUGGAGAUAAAAGAUCUGCAGUCGGAGUUUGAGCUGGAGAAGAUCGAUUACUUGGCCACCAUCCGCAGGCAGGAACGUGACUUCAUGCUCUUCCAGCAGCUCCUGGAGCAGGUGCAGCCCCUGAUUCGCCGUGACUGUAACUACAGCAACCUGGAGAAGAUUAGGCGCGAGUCCUCCUGGGAUGAGGAUAAUGGCUUCUGGAAGAUCCCUGAGCCCAUCAUCAUAAAAACCAGCCUCCCAGUAGCAGUUUCAACAGGGCCACAGAACAAACCAGUCCGUAAAACCUCUGCAGCAGACAAUGGUGAACUAGGCAUGGAAGAAGACCGCUACAAGCUGAUGCUCAGUCGCAGCGAUAGCGAAAAUAUUGCCAGUAACUACUUCCGACCCAAGCGGGCCAGCCAGAUCCUCAGCACAGACCCCAUGAGGAGCCUGACGCGUCACAACUUGCCGCCAGGCCUCAGCUCCCCGCUCAGCAACAACUCUGCCUUGUCACCCACCCAGGUCCCCGAAAUGCCCCAGCCCCGGCCCUUCCGCCUCGAGUCCCUCGACAUCCCCUUCACCAAGGCCAAGCGUAAGAAAAGCAAAAGCAACUUUGGCAGUGAGCCCCUGUGAACACAGCUGCCCGCCGCUGCCCUGCCUUGGGGCUUUCUCGAGACUGCCAGGCCCUCCCAGGGCAGCCCCAGCCAGACUCCCCCCACCUGCCUACCACAGAGGGGGCCCCUCAGCCCUGGGAAGAUACUUUCCCUUCCCCAUUCUCUAGAGAGCUCGUCCAGGGCUAGGAAACCCCCUUGGAGAGGCCCGAUCCGGCUCUCCCAUCGCAUCAGUGUUGCCAUCUGCCCACCUGCCAGCGGAGCCUGCUGUCUGUGCCACCAUGUUGAUCUCUGCCUUGAUGGGCUCAGAAACCUUAGCCCUGUGUGCACCUGACAAGCCUUCACCAGCAGCCCCAACAGAGUAUGCAGCCCCUCCAGUGGGGAUGAAGCGGAACAUCUUGGCGAUUGAGAAUUGUGCCUUCCAAAGAUAGGCCCUGCGAGAUGAGCACGGAAAUCCUGGAGCAGCUGCAGGCUGGUCUGUGGCCAGAGAAGGCCACUUCACAUUAAGCUGCCCCAAUAAACUGCCUUUUAAGAACA